CUCCGAUUAUAUUGUUUUUUAAUUUAUAUUAACGAUAUAUCAAAGUCUUGAACCAAUAGAAAAGACAAAUCAUACAUUACUCAGCUGGACUUGAAAUAACAAAGAGUAUUCAAGAUUGGUGGCGCCGAGUUUUUUUUCUUGUUUUUGUUUAUUCACUAAGUUACUGUGUUUUAGUUGUAUAAAUACACUUCCCCAUAUGUGUAUUUCUUUUCAUCAACAACAAAGAUCUCUCUACUUUUAUAAAUCUCCACUUCAAGAACACUAAAAACAUCAUUAAUUAACUAAUGGCAGGAAUCAAAGUUUUCGGUCACCCAGCUUCCACAGCCACUAGAAGAGUUCUCAUCGCUCUACACGAGAAGAAUCUCGACUUCGAAUUCGUUCAUAUCGAGCUCAAAGAUGGUGAACACAAGAAAGAACCUUUCAUCUUUCGCAACCCUUUUGGUAAAGUUCCAGCCUUUGAAGAUGGAGACUUCAAGCUUUUCGAAUCAAGAGCAAUUACUCAAUACAUAGCUCAUUUUUACUCAGACAAAGGAAACCAACUUGUCUCCCUUGGCUCCAAGGCCAUUGCGGUCAUAGCCAUGGGCAUUGAAAUUGAAUCGCAUGAGUUUGACCCAGUUGGUUCCAAGCUUGUUUGGGAGCAAGUCUUUAAGCCUUUGUAUGGUAUGACCACAGACAAAACCGUUGUUGAAGAGGAAGAGGUUAAGUUAGCCAAAGUUCUCGAUGUUUACGAACACAGGCUUGGUGAGUCUAAGUAUUUGGCUUCUGAUCACUUCACUUUGGUCGAUCUUCACACUAUCCCUGUGAUUCAAUACUUACUUGGUACUCCAACUAAGAAACUCUUCGACGAGCGUCCACAUGUCAGUGCUUGGGUUGCUGACAUCACUUCUAGGCCAUCUGCUCAGAAGGUUCUUUAAGCGAAUCAAAAACUGUUAAUCAGAAGAUUGAAUAAAGUGGCGAUGACCUCAUUGCCCCAAUUCUCAUAAACAAUAUAAGUGGCGAUGACCAAAUUCUCAUAAACUCUUGUUUUGUUUUUUUUUGUGAUUCCUCUGUUUUUUUGCUUCUGAGUGAUUGGUUUGAAUGUAAUCUUCAAUAAUGACUCUUCAUAUAUAAUUAAAAAUAUAUUUGUUACCCUAAA